AUGCUUGCUAAAGCAGCUGCUAGUGCAUCGGUACCCGCUAUGAAGGGUUCUGUGUACUUGGACUCCCAUGAUGUGAAGAUAAUUCAGUACAAAGCGGCCAUCUACAAACUAGGGGAGACCAGUCGACUCCUCAAUUUACUACAAAAGAACCUCGAGAAGACAGCUGAUACCGAAAUUAUACCACUGAUGAACUACAUACUCUCGUUGGGUGAGGGCCCCAUGUUUAACGUUCACCCGGUUCUGAGGAAAAGGUACCAAUUAUUAUGUGAAUACAAAGUUUGCAAAGUUACGGCAGUCAACCCAGCCUUGAGUACCUCAGGAAUUGAUCUUGAAGUGGAGCUCCCUGAAGUGCCAGAAGAUCUUGAUGAUUUGAAAUGCAAAAUAUAUGACGAGAAUUUGCAAUGGAAGCUCCUUGAAUGUUUUCAAAAGAUAGUAGCCAAUUCUUCCAGCAUCUAUGAGAGAAAAUUAAGACAAGUGCAGAUGGAGAGAAAUGCCAAGAGGCCAGUUGAUGCAUCAGGAAGGCCUAUUACGUUUGUGAUCAAUUCCGUGGAGAACCUGUUAAGACCGUGGGAAAUGUCGCUCUCCUUGGACCUGGCAGUAUUGAUCAAUAGUAGAGAACAGGAUACAACUACUCGAUCACUCCGAAAACUACAAACUCAAGUACUUUCCAAGUUUACAGAUUGCUUACAAAAAAAGGUAUUACCGCUGAUUAGAGGUUAUUAUAGCCAAAUACAAAAAUUCGCUGCCACAAGAGGGAUUUCAGAGACAGCUCUCAAAGAACUACAGUCGUGGGAAUGCAGUAUACACAGAGUUUACGCACUUCUGUUCAGAACUUUGUGCCUCUUUGACGUCAUGGUGAGUUUGGUAAGACAAAUUUACUUGCCUAACAAAUCGUAUCUGAAUGAAAGCAGAACUAUGUUGUUAAGUUCGAAUGUUUAUUCUUAUCAGGAAGAAAUACAAAAAAUGGAAGCACUCUGUAACUUGGAAGAGCACGAAACAUUUGGGGAGCUUCUCGCAAUUUUACGGAAUUUCUCCAAGGAAGGAUCCAUCUACCAUGUGCAGCCGAGCAAAGUUCUGGAUGUGUACAAUAACUCGCUUUCAAAAGUGAUUCCAUUUCUAACAGCAAGUGUGCAGUCAUUGAAGAUUUUCGCAGGCAUGUGGAAAUAUAUCGAGAGUAACUCAGAGGCGAACAAGAAGCUAGUCAAUUGGGAAGAGUCGCAGCUAAUUCAUAUGGUUGAAGAAAGGCUGGCAGUCGAUAAGCUGGCUCAUGUAGAGCAGAUUAAACAGAAACGAUCAAAAAAUGAAGCCGGUUUAUCUCUGAAAGGCAAUAGCCCUACUUCCAGGAAUGCGGUAAAGCGGAACUUAAUCGAAAGAGUAAAUGGGUCAUCAGAAUCUUCCAUAUCUUCAAGCGGCCCUGGGUCCCCGGGCAAAAUGUCACCACUGCGGAUGAGUAGAACAAGUUCGAUAGAGAAAGGGAGUGCAACGAGUUCGAACCUAAGCUCUCCGCAGGUGUCAAGAAGGGGUUCCAUUGCUGAAAGCCGUGUUCCUGCUUUAGCGAAAACUUCAAAUGAUAAAAAAAUGGCACUUAAACCUGCUACUCUGAGCAAAAGAGUAAUAGGAAGACCACGUUCUUCCUCUUUACAGUCCAGUCAAGAAACUGAUCAAAAGCCAAAACCAUUUAUUGCAUCAUCGCUGAAAUCCAAUUCUCUACAAGCAAAUGCCUCGCUAAAUCAAAGAAUAAUACAAAAUGCAGUGGCACAUAGUCUAAAUGGAAAUGGUACUGGUCCCUCACCUUCAGCGAGAGUUCGAAACGCAGAGAAGCCUUCGCCUGUGCGAUGUCAGGGUCCAGCCAAGACUCAGAGUCAGUCACCAAUACCGGUACCUGAGCUCGAGACGCUAUCACUGAACUCGCUAGAUGACCAAAUUUGUCAAGAGCACAGCAUCGAUGGACCAACUUCCGUCAAUUCAUCUACAGCCACUCCAGAGGUAAUUGUUAGCAUCAAGAAAGUACGAUUCACAGGUGUUCCUCCAAUGGAUGAAGAUGAGGAUAAGAGCCCGACGCGAAGGGGUUGGUAUAAGAAACCCUCAGUGCUACACUAUCCUCCUCCUCCGCCACAAUUUGCUCUCCAAAAGUACAAAAUGCGUCAAGAAGGUAUGGCUUUCAAAACAAGUCUUAGAGAAGGUGAUUCCUGUAAAAAGACAGGUUUCCUCACGAAUAAGGAGAUCCCAUCUCCUAAAGAAUCAUCAACAUCAAAACUUGCAUCAAAGAUACGUGAUAAACUAAGAUAG